AUACAUCUAUCACCACAUGAAGGUUGCUGCUGAAUUGUCUUCACAACCCUUGUAUAUCGAGGAGUCGGAUUGUAUAACACGAUUGGAGUCAGGCUGUUAUCAGUCAGAUUAGAGAGGGGAGCCAUGAUUGGUUGUUCUCUUAUCAGACUGACGAACACAGACAAGAGGAAAAUUUAAAAAUUAUCAGAUUCAAAUUAGGUCAGUUUCCCCAGCCAUGGAUGUGUGGUGUGGAGGAUAUGUGUAGUUUACACAAAACAGGAUUAAUACUUGGCCACUCUCUCAAACCGUUGACUGAAUGUUCAAAUUUCAGCAUUCUAGGCAACUAAAGCUGGUGACCUGAGGUCACCUUAAGCUUUUACAAGUUCACGACCAGUAGAGCUGAUGAAGUGAAUGUCACGUGGAAUGAAUUGCGGUGACGAUUGGCUUUGCAGACAGACAUGGUGUACCUACAGCAGUACUUACAUCUCAUUUCACUCCACUAUCGGUACACUCAACCUUGCUCUUUGAGUCAAGACCUAAAUGACACCAGUGAGGAGCCAUAAUGGUUGAGCAGUGAGUGGCGAUGAACAUUUUCAAGCAGUUUAGAUGGAGCAUCAUUGUGUUCGUGACAAUUCUUGGACUAGUAUCUGUCCUUUAUUUCUUUGUACCCUUCCACAACAUGGCAGACAUUUCUACUUUGGAAAAAAACAAUGUGGAUAUUUGUUCUGCAUGGAGAGGGGCCGACAAACGAGCCUUGAGGACGGUUCCAUGGUGGGGACGGGCCUGUGAUAUGGCAAGUGACUGGACAGUCAGAAGGUACAACUGCAAGGACAACAGACGAAUGGGAAACUGGCCUGUCUGCUUUGAUAAUAACCUUGUACCUCAGAACAACUGUUUAGUGUACUCCUUUGGCAUUGACAAUGACUUUAGCUUUGAUGACGCGAUGGCAGCCAUUGGAUGCACCGUCUACUCCUUUGAUCCCAGCAUGCUGGACACUGCUGACCACAAGCGUGGGGACCGUGUUUUCUUCCAGAGAAUUGGCAUCAGCGAUAAGGACGACGACCAUUUUGUUCCCAGAGCCGAUGAGUAUGUUGAACAGCGCCCGGCGGUCAACGGUUGGCCGAUGAGACGUCUGCAGACAAUCCUUGACCUCCUGGGUCACAGAAAGGAGCAGCUGACCGUGCUUAAGCUGGACAUUGAGGGCUAUGAGUGGGACGUCACUCGUGAUCUUCUUGACUCUGGGAUCUUGUCGUCCGUCCCGCAGUUUCUGGUGGAGUGGCACCUGUUUACGGACUUUCCGCCUCGAGAACGAGUCCCUGAUGCCGUUGAUACGUACUUCCGGCUGAACGACAUGGGCUUCCAGUUAUUCGUCACCGGCGGUGUUCAACAUGGAUUUCAUUCCGCAUCCCGCUUUAGAAUUCAGGCAGAAGUUGCCUACCUUAACAUGAAGAUAAACUGAUGUCUCCAUCUCUUUUCUUUGCUUUACUUUAUGUCCAGCAACAUCAAUUAAAAUUGUUACUAUGUUCAUUUUAGCUUAAACAGCCGGUAUGAUCAGCAGUUAGAUGAUGCAUGGCCUGCUUUUUCACAGGUAUAGCUGACCGUUAGAUAUUAAUGCAGUGAAUGGGAAAUAACUAGUUUUUGAUUGUUUGUUCGUUUGUUUCUUUUUUUACCUUCCCCUCCUUUCUAAGAAUCUAGAGAAGCACAUGUUUACUGACUUACCACUUGGUCUACGAGUCCAUGUUGGUGUCCACAUCUGUCUGAAAGUCAUCGGCUUCCUGUUUUUUCGUCCCUGGCAGUCGUGGAUUUCAUUUGGUGACGGUUUCGAGAAUUCAAUUAGAAACUGCCUCUGGUAAAACGAAGUGAAACUAAAUGAAUCAUAUUUUUUAUUAUCUGGAAAAAACAUUUUCAGAUCAGAUUUUCUUUAAUCAUUUAUUAAUCAGAUCUCUUCCGUAAAUAUCUCUUGUUAAGUUGUUACACAAAGCAAAAUAACACUCAGUGUGUGAAAGAAGCUGCUUAUAAUUAUGGUAUCCAUGUUGGUAGUGAAAGAUCUGGCUUGCGAUUCAUCGUCUAGUAUAAUUUUGUGUAUAGUCUCCUUUCUGUACUUCCAUUACAAAUGAAUUCACACUUAGCAGAAUAUACGAAUAUCACAUCGACUACAACAUAACAAUGGUAAAUACAGUAUUCCUAUUUUAGUAAAAAUGAGGCUGAAAAUAGCGAGGCACAGCCUGAUCUAUGACAGUAUAAUUUCACCACCUUUCUACUACCUUUAUCAUUUUUGGACAGAAAGUUUUAAAAAGAACAACGGUGUCUGCCGAUUCUGCAAUAAAGGUAAAUACAUAUUUCCCAAAUUCAUUUAUUUUGUGAUGCUAUCCAGAAAGUAUGCAACGAAAAUUGAACGAAGAUCACUGUCCCACAAAUUUAAAUAUACAGAUGUCAGGGACCUGUUCAGAGUGCUAGGAUCUGAGCACGUGAGCGGAUGAAAGGAUGUGAAUGAUGGACGUGUCCUAAAUGGUCGAGUGGUCUGUGUGAGUAAAGUCCGCGAGAGCCAGCGCCUGAUCCUGGCGUGUGGACAGAUCAAAGAGCUUCAUAAAUGACGUAAAAUGAUGUGACGUCAAAAGGAGGUGACGACAAAGGAGUUGACGUCAGAGAGCGGGGAGGGGGAGAAGCGGAGAGGGUAGAGGAGCGGCCAUGCCGGUGGAAGGAGACUGAGUUCGUGGGACGUUGGAGAAGCCAUUGCCAAUCAAUGGCGAUUAACAUUUUCAAGCAGUUUAGAUGGACCAGCAUUGUGUUCAUGACAAUUCUUGCACUAGUGUCUGUCGUUUAUUUCUUUGUACCCUUCAGCAACACGGCUUUGGAAAACAACAAUGAGGACAUUUGUUCUGCAUGGAGAGCGGCCGAUAAACGAGCCUUGAGGACGGUUCCAUGGUGGGGACGGGCCUGCGAUAUGGAAGGU